ACGCAUCAACGGCGUUUCCAAUUGACACCGACCCCGGAUUUUACCUACCAAGCCAUCGCAACCCAAUUCCCCAGAUCUUUUUGUUCCAUCGAACCCCCAACCGACCGACCACGAUCACGAACUGCGCGUACCGGCGUCCGAGGCAAUCCCAGCCGCCUACGAGAAGGAGCCGCGAACCUCUUGCUCCCUCCCAUCGCGACCGUCUACACCCAGACUACACGGCUAUGCCAAACUAAUAUCCUCCCUCCUCGCCCUACCUAUCAAAAAUGGCCUUCCCCCGCCGACCCUCAGCCUUCCUCCGCUACCUCAUCCCCGCAGCUCUCAUCCUCUGCGUGUUCUACGUUUUGACGGGACAGCCAGGCUCAGACUUUGCCUCCCCCCAAAACUUCCGCCGUCCCUGGGCCGGCUUAGGAGCCCAAAAACAUCCAAUCGAAUAUCUCAUCGACUCGGCAGAAAAAGAGUUUGCAAACAAGAUCUCCCGACAAAGCCACACCAUCGCCGAAGCAGCAGCUGCCUACCGCCAACGUAGAGGCCGGCACCCUCCACCCGGGUUUGACAAGUGGUUUAAGUUUGCGCAGGAAAAAAAUGCGGUUAUUGUGGAAGAUUUCUGGGAUCAGAUAUACCAUGACUUGGAACCGUUUUGGGCGUUGGAGGCGCAGAGGAUAAGGAAAGACGCGUGGGAUUUUGAGAUGAGGAUCGAGGUUAGGGAUGGGAAGGCGAGUAGUGGGAGUGACUGGUUCUGGACAAAGAUUUGGUUGAAGAUGAUUGGGACCGUGGAGGGGUUGUUGCCUGAUAUGGAUAUUGCGCUUAAUGCGAUGGAUGAGCCGAGGUUGGUUGUGCCUUGGGAGGAGAUUGAUGAGUUGGUUGGGAGGGCGGGGCAAGAUAAAAGGAUGGUGAGGGCGGAGGAGGUGGUGACCGAGUUUGAGAAGUUGGCUAAGCCGGGGGAGGGGCCGGAGAAGGAUUUUGAGACGCCGAAGAAGGUUUGGGAGGGGAAUAAACACUACUGGUUAAUCGCCCGCCGCGGGUGCCCGCCUACUUCCCUUGCGCGACAGUCGCCUGUUAUCACUGACUUUAACCGCACCCCGUUGAUCAAGUCGUCCUUUGCGCUGCCUCACAUGACGGAGGGUUAUGUCUCCAACUAUACCUUGUCGACCGAUUUUUGCCAUCAAUCGGACCUCCAAGCCCUCGAGGGCGUCUUUGUCGAGCCCCUCUCCGUUUCGGCGACAAAAACGCUCUUUCCCAUGUUUGGCGGCUCCAAACUGGCUGUCAACAACGAGAUCCUCCUCCCUGCACCAAUGUACUGGAACGAAGAGGAGCGCUUCAUGGGCUCCCAGGGGGCGGAUAUCCCGUGGGAAGAAAAAGAAGACGCGGUCAUCUGGCGCGGUGUGGCUACCGGUGGAAAGAACAAAGAGGACAACUGGCGCUCGUUUCAACGUCACAGAUUUGUGGCCAUGAAUAAUGGGUCCAAGAUUACGCUCGCGGAGCAGAGGCAGCUCGAGCCGGUGAACUUUGCGCUGCCCCCGAAAGCGUACGGGUUGAAGGCGCAGAAGAGAGGGAAAUUGGGGGAGUGGGUGGCGAGCUGGUCGAACGUGCAGUUUAUUGACCUCAUGUGUGGGAUUAAGGGCCAGGGCGUGAGGUGCAAUUACACGGAUCAGCACUUUGAGGUUACAAAGGGGAUGCCGAUGGCGGAGCAGUUUAGGAAUAAAUAUCUGCCUGACAUUGACGGGAACUCGUUUAGCGGGAGGUAUCUGGGUUUCCUGAGGAGCACGAGCCUGCCGAUCAAGGCUACGCUGUGGAGGGAGUGGCACGAUUCGAGGCUGGUGGCCUGGAAGCAUUUUGUGCCGAUGGAUAGCCGGUUUGGGGAUUGGUAUGGGAUAAUGGAGUUUUUCUUGGGGGUUGAUGGGACGGGGAGGGAUGAGGUGGCGAGGAAGAUUGCGAUGGAGGGGAAGGAGUGGGCGGAGAGGGUGCUGAGGAAGGAGGAUAUGCAGGUUUAUGUGCUGAGGUUGCUGUUGGAGUAUGCGAGGGUUAGUGAUCCGAGGCGGGGGGAGAUGGGGUGGGUGGGGGAUUUGCUUGGGGGGGAGGGGGCGAAGGGGAGGGAUAAUGAACUGGUUAAGGAUGGGGAGGGAGAGGUGGGGAGUGCGGCUGGGGAGGCUUGAGGAUUCUAAGGGGGGGUAUAGUUUUAAUUUUUGUUGUAUUGCGUCAAGAUAUUGCUGUAUAAUUAUUCGAUCUUUUUUUUUUUUUGGUUUGUUUUGUGUGGUGUUGGUUGGCUUUUGUUGUGAAAAUUUGUGGGGGUGAUGAAGGACAAGUCACGUUUUUGGAAGCAGGCGAGCAAAAUGAUUGAGCGAGCAUUUGACGUUGCGGUUUUGGUGAAGCUGUUGAUGUUGUCGUGUGUGACAGGGGCAUGCUUGCUGCUGGGUUUAUCAAUCGUGGGAUUCGAAUGCUUGGCGUUGGCUUCUGGAAAGCUGGGCGGAAGCAUUGAGAUCGGGGAAAUUUGGGGAUGGUGUGGUGGAAGAUAUCAAGAUGUGUUGUCAUGUGCAAUAUUCACAAUCUUGAUAUAUUGGAAUAGAGAUGUCGUUAUCGUCAAACACCUGGAGAGAUAGAGAGAGAAUAGCUGUAUCUGUGUGUCACCCAAUCUGAUAACUCGGAGUGAG